AUGAAUCAGCUGCCAUCCUUCCUGCAGCUUGCCGUCCGCAAGAAACCUCGAUAUUCAACCAGACCAUUCUACACCACGUUGCUUGUGUUCACGGUCCUGGCAACAGCAAGUCUGGUCUUUUCAGGGGCAAGUAAGCCGGUAACUUUUGCUCAGUCGAGUGCCACGGCAGGGGUAAACCUCUUCAAGCGAGAGGGUGAACCAGAGUGCCGCUCGGUUCGCAAUGUGAAAAAUCAAUGUGCAUUCGUCCGCGCCAACUGCCCAGAUCACGAGGAUGGCUUAAUCUCCUACCUACAACUCUAUUACUGCACACUGGCCGAUGCGAAGCCUUUGGCGUUCACGAUUUUGAUCCUAUGGCUAUCGCUACUCUUCAGUACCAUCGGAAUUGCAGCUAGUGAUUUCUUGUGUAUUGAUCUCAGCACACUGGCAAGUAUUUUGGGCUUGAGCGAGAGUCUCACGGGCGUGACCUUCCUAGCAUUCGGCAAUGGGAGUCCCGAUGUGUUCUCUACGUUCGCCGCUAUGCGGUCAAACAGUGGAAGCUUGGCAAUCGGUGAGCUGAUUGGGGCUGCAACUUUCAUCACUUCUGUGGUUGCGGGCUCUAUGGCUCUAGUUCGGCCAUUCAAAGUCGCGCGUAGAAGUUUUGUUCGAGAUGUGGGCUACUUUAUAGUCGCCGUUACUUUCAGCAUGUUUCUGCUUGCUGAUGGGAAACUUCAUGUGUGGGAGUCCGCUGCGAUGGUAUGCCUGUACGUCUUCUACGUCGUGAUGGUCGUGACCUGGCACUGGUAUCUGGUUCGACGCCGCCGAAAGAACGAGAGAGACAUCGCAGCGCGAGCCCAUUUUCAUAUACCGGAGAACCAGGAAUUGGAAAUUGAAGAGGCUGAGGAUGAUGAUCCCGGUGUGGCUUCUGAGUCCAGGAGUCUACUUCGCGGGGCCUCGACAGAGGAUUUCGAUCUUCUGGAACGCGCCGAGGCUAUCCCCCUCUGGAAAGAAGAAGAUGACGAAGAUGACGAGACCCGAAACCGGUAUUUGGCCGAGAUUCGCGACAACAUGCACGUAUAUCGUCCCAUGCGAUCAAGACGCAACACAAUGAAUCCCAUUCGUCCAAGUCUUGUCGGUGCAUUGGAGUUUCAAUCGGUACUGAAUUCGCUCCAGAAAUCUAGGAAUACUCAUCUCAACCCAACAAUAAGUCUAAACAGCUAUUCAGAUGAUGGCGAGUCGGAUUUCGAUACGCGCUCAGUAGCGUCACAUCCUCGUGCCAGUCGGCCAUCCGCUUCCAACGACCGCCUGUCACCUAACAGCGCUGCGGGUUCUUCUCGUGUUCGAGCUGUGUCUGCAAAUGAUGCCCACGGCUUGAAGUUUGACGCCAGUAUCCUGGAGCACCGCCCAACACAAGGUCCUCUUCUUACCGUGAGCGGACCCUCUUACGAGGAUACUCCCGGGCAAGACGCCAUGCAGGCUCGCCAGCUUCCUCGUAUCGAUACUGGGCUGGCGCUGACAGGUUCUCCGCCGAAUUCUACACAUAACUCGCUGAGUCCAAGCCCGGAUGUUUCAGGCCCUGCAUCUCCAGACCACCUCGCCCCCUCAGCUGCUUUCCAUGCUCCCAAUUACCAAUCUACAGGAACACAUGAACGUUCCCCAAUGUCAGUAUCCCCCGGUGGUGGCACCACAAACAGUUAUCAUUCCGGCUUUGGUUUAGAGAGCCCUUCAAUGCCUUUCCCAUCCUAUGGCGAUUUGCCCGCUGCUGCAUCACGACCACCCAGCAUUCGACUCCCAAAUCCUGCAAGUCCCUUGGAACGGCUUCAUGUCCAAGAUGGGUAUGAUGAAAUUGCUCAUGUAGGCCUUCCUUUCCGAAAAUUUCUAAGGAAAUGGUGGCCUGACUCGAUUCCUUCUCCCCAGCAGAUUGGUUGUACCCUCUUCCCGACCCUGGCAGGCUGGAAAUCCAAGAACAUAUGGGAGCGACUCCUGGGUCUAAUUGCAGCUCCCAGUGUUCUGCUGCUUACUAUCACGGUACCAGUGAUUGAGCCUCAAGGUCCCGAGUCUGUGGACCCAGACCCACUGCCCUCGGUGAUUAUCCAAGAUGUUGGCCAUGGGGAGAACCAUUCGCCAAGAGUGAGACUGCCUGCAGACAGUCCAAUCCUUAUUCCUACAGAACAUAACCACGCAGGGUCUGCUUCGAAUGCAACAGCACACCAUCACCGCAAAUCUACACACGAACACGUUGGUCGUCCACGCUGGGACUCCGAACUCCCAGCCGCACCACCAGUGGCCGCAGCCAUGCCCGUUCAAGCAAAGGACUGGAAUCGCUGGUUGGUCGCAAUCCAGCUCUAUACCGGCCCCUUCUUCGCCGUUCUAAUAGCCUGGACAACCGUGGACGAAGACCGCCAACUUCGCAACCUCAUCCUCCCAUCUCUAGUCUCCCUCCUCUUCUCGUCAAUCUGCCUAACAGCCCUGACAAUAAGCACCCGCCGUCAAAACAACUUCCGACGCCCAAGCGGAGACGCUUCAUUCCCCUUCCUCCCCCAAGAAACCCAAACCCAACCCCGCACCCUCCCAAACCAAUGGCGGCCCUUCCUCUCCCUCCUAGGCUUCCUAGUGGCAAUCUCCUGGAUAGCAACAAUAGCCACAGAAGUCGUCUCCCUCCUCAAAACAAUCGGCGUCAUUCUAAACAUCUCAGACUCCCUCCUGGGCCUAACAAUCUUCGCCGUCGGCAACUCCCUCGGCGACCUAGUCGCCGACAUCACAGUCGCUAAACUCGGAUACCCUGUCAUGGCCCUGAGCGCCUGCUUCGGCGGGCCAAUGCUCAACAUCCUCCUGGGUAUCGGUCUGGGCGGUCUGUACAUGACCAUCAACGGCGGGAAAGGCAGACACAACGAAGCUGUCUAUUCGCCUAUUAGGCCUGUACAGGUUUCUUAUGAGAUUGCCAUCUCUAAGGUUCUUGUCAUUAGUGGUGCAUCGCUGCUGGUUAUACUUGUUGGUCUUCUGAUUGUGGUUCCAUUGAAUAAAUGGAAGAUGGAUCGGAAGGUUGGUUGGGGCCUCGUUGUUGUUUGGUGUGUUAGUACUUUAGGUAAUGUUAUUGCGGAGCUUCUUUCUUGA